GUAUUGAAAUAUGGAUCAUAUAUCGUUGAUGCACUUACUAAUUAUAAACAACCCGUAUUUGUUUAUAUUAUACCUAACGGGGAACUUCGUGGAGGAGCCUGGGUAGUAAUAGAUCCAUCAAUUAAUGAAAAUAUGAUGGAAAUGUAUGCUGAUAAAAAAUCUAGGGCAGGUGUUCUCGAACCUGAAGGAGUUGUUGAAAUCAAAUAUCGUAAACCUCAAAUACUUGAAACAAUGGAACGCCUAGAUGAAACAUAUCCGCGUGAACAAGAGUUGCUUCCAGUAUAUUCUCAAAUUGCACUCCAAUUUGCGGAAUUACAUGAUACACCAGGCAGAAUGAAAGCUAAAAACACAAUUCGUAAGGUAUUAGAAUGGAAACAAGCAAGGAGAUAUUUUUAUUGGCGUGUAAGACUACGUUUGCAUGAAGAAUAUAUUUUUAGAAAAAUUCAUGAAGCCAAUUCAAAUCUUACGAGGAGUCAAAUGAAAUCAUAUUUAGUUGAAUGGUUCCGUAAUGACAUGAAAAUUGAAUAUGAUUGGGAAGAAUCUGAUAUUGAAGUUGUGAAGUGGUUUGAUAAAAUUCUUAGUGAAGAUAUGAAUGAUAAAAAUAAUGAUAAUUCGGAAUUUACCGAGACUUUCCCUUCAAUUAAGUCAAGAAUUGAAAAGAUUCGAGAUGAAGCAAUUACUAAGAAUGUUAUACAUUUGGGAAAGAGAAAUCAGAAGGCGGUAUUUGAAGGGAUAUCAGAACUAUUCAAAGAUUUGA